GUGACUGGUAGUUACAUUAGGAGCUGUCAGGGCGCUCUCCGCAGUUAGUUCCGGGUGUCGGGAUGACGGAGGCUGUAUUCCACGAGCGGCAGCGGCUCGAGCUGUGCGCGGUGCACGCCCUCAACAACCUGCUCCAGAGGCCGGAGAUCAGCCAGCAGCUGGCGGAAGACAUCUGCCGGGGGUUGUCCCCAAACACCAUGAUUAACCCUCACCGCAGCAUCUUAGGAACUGGUAAUUAUGAUGUUAAUGUUAUUAUGGCCGCUCUUCAGACAUUAGACUAUGCAGCUGUGUGGUGGGACAAACGAAAGUCUCUGGAAAGUUUAGUCUUGAGCGAGAUUUUUGGUUUCAUUCUGAAUAUCCCAUCUCCCAUAUCGGUGGGAUUUUUUUCACUGCCCAUCACUCGCAAACACUGGAUCGCUGUACGAGAAAUCAAUGGAGUUUUUUUCAAUCUGGACUCAAAACUGAAAGCCCCAGCCAAACUAGGAGGCCCUGUGGAGCUUAAAGGGUUCCUGCAGGAGUGCAUUGCUAGAGGUUCAUGUGAGAUCCUGCUUGUCGUUCGGAAGGAUGUAGAAGAAGCAAGACUCUGGAUUAAUGAUGUACGAGAGAUGUGACCAUGAAACCUUGUUUUAACCACGGACAUGUUUUUCUGCUUCCGCCCUCAGCUGUGCUGAGUUCUGCAACUAAAACUUUUAAGUUAUAGUACUGGGUCUGUCCCAUAGGUUUAUUUAUUGGAGCUGUAGCUCCGCUGCCAAUACAAGUCGACCUUGUAAAUGCAGAUAACCAUAAUAAUGCUAGUCUAAACCCUUGCAUUAAUAUGCAUUUCUUACAAUGCCUUAACUGUCUAGUCUUUUUCUACCAGGUGCUGCAUAUUAAUAAGCCAUAAAAGCUGAAUAUUUAUUUGUAAUAAUAUUAAAGGUCU